CCAAGAAAUAAAAGAAAAUUUCUCACCUCCAACAUAGACCAAGUACCAUGGCUCAACAACCCUCCGGCUUUAUCCAUCACCUCUUGGGACGAUUUACUCAAAAAGUUCAUGACCCGAUAUUAUCCUCCUUCCAAGACGACCGAGUAGAGAAAGAAGAUCACUCACUUUGAGCAAGAAGAGGAUGGAACAUUGAGGGAUGCAUGGGAAAGAUUCCCCGACUACUUCCUCCACUGCCCUCACCAUGGAUUCGAGGAGCAAUUUUGGAUAUUCUAUGGAGGACUCAUUUAAGAUGACAAGAUUUUCAUCUACUCUCUUUGCCAAGGGAAGUUGAUGAACAUGACCCCUUCUUAAGUCAAUGAAUUGCUUGAAGAUAUGGCUCUUAAAGGAUAUGAUUGGGGCUUAACAAGGAGUGGUAAGAGAACCACCGAGAGAGGAGUAAGAAGUGUGUGAGCAAGUGCUCCACAUGAAGUGAAGCUUGACAAGUUGAUCGAGGUGAUCCUUGAGGACAAGAAGCAAGGGAAGAGAGCAGUGAUGUCUUGUGAUUGGUGUUCAAGCACUAAUCAUGAAAUUGUGGAUUGCCAAGCGAUGAAGGAGACAAGUAGCCCUCGAGGAGCAAGUGAGUUUCAUGGCCAAUGCUAGAGGGAACAACCCUUAUAAUAACACCUACAACCCUGGGUGGCGCAAUCAUCCAAACUUUGCUUGGUCUUCCCCUACCAAUCCAAGACCUCCCAUUUUCCAAGGUUCAACAGUCAACAAUCAACCUCGGCCAACUUUCAUCCAACAAAUACCUCAAUUCCAAAACUCGAACUUCCAACAACCAUACCAAGCACAAGGUGGUCAAGGGUUUCAACAACAAGUCGACAAGUUCACUAAACUUGAAGACCUUGUGACCUCCUUUGUGAGUACAAGUACUCAGAAGUUCGAGAAGAUUGAGAAAUUCAUGGAUAUGGCAACCUCUAAGUUUACCUCAUUUGAGGCGGGACUCCGAAGCCAUCAAACAAGUCUCCAAAGCUUGGAAGUACAAAUUAGCAAUCUUGCCGGGAUCCUCACCAAGAGACAAAAGGGAGCCCUACAUUCUCAAACCAUUACCAACCCUAAGGAUCAAGCCGGGUGCAAUGCAAUUUUAUUAAGUAGUGGGAAGGUGACUCCGGAGGUCGUUGCCAAAGAAGUGAAUGAUAAGGAAGGCAUCGCCGACGCCACCACCUAUGGCUGAGUACAUGCCACCCCUACCUUUUUUCCACAAGGGUGCACAGGGAAAGAUUGGAAGCGGAAUGUGGAGGUUUCAUGUAGAUGCUCCUAAAGCUCCACCUCAACAUUCCCUUCCUUGAAGCAAUGGCACACAUGCCAAUGUAUUCAAAGUAUCUGAAGAGGUCUCUCUCCAAGAAGCUGAAAUUCGAAAACCUCCCCAAUGUCACCCUAGGCAAGGACUGAUCAGCCUUCAUCCUCAACAGGUUGUCCAAGAAGCAACUCGAUCCAGGUAGUUUCACUAUACCUCUUUGCAUCGGUUCUCAUCACAUAGAAAACUUCUUGGUAGACUAAGGGGCGAGCAUAAAUGUGAUGCCAUUUAAGCUUUUUAAGAGGCUAGACAUAGGUGAACUAAAGACCAUGAGGCUUAGUGUCACAUUGGCCGUUCGCUAUGUCAUUAGUCCUAGGGGCAUAGUGGAGGAUGUGCUAGUACAAGUGGGAAAAUUUUUUUAUCCGACGGAUUUUGUGAUCAUGGAUAUAAGUGAGGAUUCCAAGAUGCCACUCAUACUAGGACGCCCUUUCCUUGCCACUGCCAAGACAUUAAUUGAUGUAAAUGGGGGAACUUUGAUUCUGAGGGAUGGCGAGGAGAGAAUUACUCUUGGAAUUGAUCCUAAGCCUAUGAGUGAGGAAGUGGAAUCGGGUAUUAUGAAUGCAAGUGGAGGAGAGCCUUGCAAGGGGAACCCCACUAUUACUGUUGGUUCUUGUGAUGAUGUGAAACAGGAAAGAAAAGAGGGCAUCUCGCCCAAAGAAGGAAGGAAAAGAGCUUGGAGGGAAAGGACAAGUCAUGCUAAUGCUUAGUGGAAGGAAAAGGGAAAAGAAAAAGUCAGCGGCCAAGAAGGCCACCCCAUGGUGAGUAAGGUGGGAGGCGACAUGCUUCGACCCGAGAUCGUGGCGGAUCCACUCUCGGCAGCAUCAUGUUCAAAGGCGUGAUAGAUCCACAACGUCAAGCUAAUGGCGUUAACUUAGCGCUUAUUGGGAGGCAACCUAACGUAGGUUUGUUUACUUUUCCUUGUUUUUGUUUUUGUGUCGAGUGAAGAGUUCAAGUGGUCGAGUGGUAUUUCCGUGCCAGGUUUUUGUGAUUGUGUGUUUUGAGUUAUGUCGUGAUUGAUAGUAGGCACGUUGGAAUAGGUCGAGUAAAUUUUUUAAGAAGUACGUUAUUUUCACUGUUGUUCAUGGACGGAUUGCUCUGGUCACGGUCUUACAAGACCGUGAACAGGCAAACGCGUCCGUGAACCAGGGUGCUUCCACUUGUGUCAAAUCCAUCAGAUUGCCUCACUUCACGGACGGAUUGCAGUGUUCACGAUCCUAACGACCGUGAACUGGAAAAACGCCUCCGUAAACCUCAGGGUCUGCCUAUAAAAGGGUCGUUAACGGUUUUCCUUCACUUCACAACCCAAAACUUGCUGGAAUCUUUCAAAUCUCGACGGAAAACCGUGAAACACCGAUGGGUUUUGUCCAUUUCACCCACUUUCGGCGAGCCAAACCAAAAACCAAGCAGAGACCCUGUCUCCCCUCAUCAAAAGCGGCAUUCGCUAUGAUUUUGGGGAGAUUUGGAGCAUUUUUCUUCUGGCGAGACUCUGAUGAGCUUCUGCAAAUCUCCGACGACCUCCUCCGGUCUGUUUUUGGCCCAUUUUUUGCGUACCUCGCCCUCUUCUCACUUCCCUACCCUUCCUACUUGAGUCUCCAGGUUUGUUUUCAGCUCUACCUUAAUUAUUUUGGGAGAAUCGGAUUAGGUAGUGAGUGAGGAGAAUUUUAUUGAAUUGAAUGUUGAACUUAGCUUUAGAGCGAGGAAUUAGGUGAAUUAGGGUGAUUGAAUGGUUGAAUGAUGUUGCUUCAGCUGAGUCUAGGUGGGCAUGUUUUGAUUCGAAUUGCUUUAAUUUGUGAAAUUUGUCCACCAAGUGCUAAUUUAUGAAUGAAUGUGAAAUGUUUAU